AAAAGUAACACCGUCACGAAGAAUCACACCAACACAGGUCAAAGGUGAUGGUAAAAAGGGAAAAUCUUCACCAGCAUUUGCAUCAUCACCAUUUUCUAGCUCGCAUUCCAUGCUGGAUGGCCAUGGAAGUCCAGCAUCUUUACAAGAAGAAAGGGACUUGUUAAAAAUUAUGAAAUCUAAAAGAAAGAAUAAGGGGGAUUCCCCUUGGGGAUAUAGAACUAGUCCCAGUCCCCAAACUGGGAUCAGAUCCCCUCCAUCUCAUGUCUUAGGAGAUUUCAUCAUAACUCCACCAAAACACCCAACUGCAGUGCCUGAUGCAUGGCAAAAGAACAAAUCAAAACCAGAUGAAAGUUUGAUUUCAACACCUUCACCUUACAAGAGUCCUAAUGCAAGUGAAGCUUCUGAUAUUCUGACUGCAGACCCUGGAAGUUGUGAACAGUCUGAGAAACAAAGUUGUAUAGAAGAAAUUCAACCAGUACAAGCUGUGAAAGACAAAGUUAUUUUUCACAUUAAACUGGAUACUCUUGCUAAAAUUUAUUCAAGAUGUAUAAUAGAAAACCUGGUUCCUAAUGUUACAGCAGAAGUUUAUUUUGUGGUACAGCUGUUGACUGCAAGAGGCAUUGCUCACGAAUCAAGGCAAGAAGAAAUUAAUGGUAAUAAUUCAGAUGAUCAAAAUAUUCUGGAUUCAAUCCAUAAUUCCACUUACUUUGCUGUCACAGUGCUGGAAGAGAUUAAGAGAUUAGUUCUUCUGUUGGACAAGGAGACUCUUCGUUUAUUAGCUGAUAAUCCAAGGAUUGCAGAUUUUUCACCAGUUCUCAAAGAGACAUUUCUUCAGCAGUACAAAACCUACUCUGUCAAAAAGGUGACAGAGAUGAACUUUGUCAAAUCUCCCCUGGGUGGAGUACCAUUUAGUGUUGAACGAGACAAUAAACAGAAUUUUCCAACUGACAGAGCUUUCCACAACUUCAGAAAACAAAGGGAUGUAUUUUAUGAGCUUGUGCGAGAAUGGGAAGAUUCACAUUUGGCAGCAGGAUGGAACAUGGAGGAACACAUGGGAGACAGGAUAAGGGCUUUGGUGAAUCAGAAGCCAGAAUUGGCAAACUAUUCCCAUUUCGCCAGGCUGUUUAAGUCCCAAUUACUACAGAUGUGUGAGGAGGAGAGGAGUGGAAGUGAUUUUCGUUCAUCAAAUAUGCUUAGCAGUUUGCAAAAGUCAAAUCCAGAAAAAUUUCAGAGGCUUCAAGAGAGAUUUAUCACUCCUUUAUCAUCUGGAGGCCCAUGUCCUGCCCCCAGUUUUAGUCAUGUGCAAGAAUUCUUCAAAGGGUUCAUACAAUCUGCAGCUAGUCAUUCAUUCAAUCAGCAUCUAAUGGACUUACUGAUUGUGAAAAUAACUGAGAUCAACAAUAAAGAAUUUCCCUUGUCAGAUAUCAAAGUAGGAAGUGACAAAGACUUAUCAAUUCAAAAUCAGGAAGUACAACAUGAUUUUUCCAGUUGUUUACUGAAAAUAAGAAUUUUGGCAAAGUUCCUUGGGUUUUUGAUUUUCCAGCCUUAUCAUGGCACAGAAACUUCAUCACAAACAAUUGUGACUGAAACUCUUAAAUUAAGGAAUAGGAUUCCCAUUCACUUUGACAUUCUCAGUUACCUCAAGAAGGCCUGGUGCAGUGGGAGACUGGUGCUUACGAUACCAUGGGCUGUAGAGUACCUCAGUAUGAUGGACCCUGUGGCUCCUCUUCUAGACUACUUCUCUAUGGUCCUCAAUUUUCUCUACAUGAUUUACAGAGAAAGUGCUUCCCUGUUUUCGAAGAAAAUUUUGAAUCAUAGCAAGUUAUUGUUGAUCUCAUGUCUGGGAUGGUUUUUUGAGAUAUCAAUCAUUCCUGUCACAUUCUUCUUCAAAAGCCUGAAUGAUGUAAAGAACUGCAUUGAAGAUGACCUCAAAAGAAACUAUUCAGAUGUUAAACCCAGUCUGGACUCCAGUUGUAUUGUGGACCAUGCCAUACUCUACACUUGCUGUCCUUUCCUUAGUGUAAUAAGAACAGUGUUAGUGGAAGCAGCAGCUGGAAUGUCUGGAAGAUCAGGCCCAGUUAAAAAGAUAACACCAGUUUCCGCUGGCGAACCUUCCAGCAGAUCAUCUUCCCACAAACAGUUGCAGCUUCAGUUGGAAGAAAACUUUUUUCGCAUUCAGCCUGAUUUCCUGAAGAGACUAUCUGAUUUUACUGUGGAAAGGUUAUGCAGCAAUAUUAUAUCUCACAUUAAAGGAGGUAUAACUCCCUCCCUUUUGAAUGAAGGAGGUAAAAGAAUUCAAGCGUUCUUGGAUAGUGAAUUCUCCGCCAACACCAACACCGAUCAGGCAAAGGAAAAGUGCAGACCUCAUGUCCUCAAGAUCAUUCACUCUGUGACUGAUGAUGGUGUGAAAACAGCCUUGGAGACCUUGGAAUCCUGUAAGGAGAAGAGCUUGAAAGCCUUUCAAAGCCUUUGUCCUCAGGAAAUGAACUCCAAGGUUGUUACGACAGCAGCAAAUAUUACUACAAGACUCGUUAAAGAAAAAACCAUGGAUUGGAUUAACACAUCUUUUCCAAACCUUAUGGAGGAGGAACUAUUUGCUCAGUUUAAUAAGAUAGCAAACUCUAUUAUGCAUUUAAAAACCAAGGAACAGAAUGGGAACGGAGAACCUGAUCCACACAAUAAGGAUAUGACAAAAAUAUCUGAAGUGAGGAGUGAAAGGCACGUGAAAUGUGGUGAACCAGUUGGAGUAUCAGGCGAGAAUAUUAAUCCUGCCAUGAAAAUCAAGGCGUUACAGGCGGUCCUUUCAGAACAAUCAAAAUUACUUGCAAUGCAUUCAUCAAAUGAGAUACCAUCUGAGGCAGUAGACGCUGUUAGGGUAAUUCAGGACGCUUUGAUGGACGAGGGUCAGUUGGCGUUGAUUGGGCAAAUUACUGUUGAAUUGGUUUUUAUUUUAGCGUGUAGAACUGCACACGGGGUGAAAUUUGUUACAAAAAAUUGCGCACAAAAUUGUUGUGAUGUCGUCGACAACCUGUGCCUAUUAUGGAGCAAGUUAAAAGAAAGGCGUGUGGCGGUUCCCUUUGCAGGACUGCUUUCCAUUCCCCACGUGAACCUGAUCAUGUCUUUGGAGAACAAACGGGUCGUGUGGGAUAGUCUUCAAGAUUUAUUUCUUACGCUGAUGGACAAACAACUGGUUCGUGGAUAUGAGGUCGAGCAGUGUUACAUUGGUGCUUUGGGAAGCGUCACAGACGAGGAAACUUCUGUUGAGAUUGGAAGAGCAUCUUGUUCUUUGAUGUUGGCAUAUCACGAAGGAAGCAGACAGACAGAUUCGCAAGAUGAAACCCGCAGGGCUGUUCAUCAGUCUGAGUUUUCCCUUCUCCUUCCUGUUCUGAACCAGAAGUUUUCAGACAACGCUGUUUUGUCCAGUUUGUUGAGAGACUGCAUCAAGAAUAACUCUGGGGUCAUUCUAAUGUCAGAACUUUCUGCUGUGGAGUAAAAGACCUCUUUUCCCUCUGCGGUUUACAAUUACACAUAUAAAGAUAAUGCAUGGAAGGUUAACGAACACAGAGUGUGGUCUAUGAUUGAGGACAGACGAACCGACUUUUCAUACUGAUCUCUGUUGUAAUUUUCUUAUGUCAUUGACCGAGCGGACUCUUUUUUAAAAUUUGUCUAACAGUCGGUGUUGCGAGUUGCAAACUGUUCUGUAACGGGAGAAUUUAGGCAACAUGAAGUAUUUCUGACGACUUCGUCAGCGGUUCAAAUGAACUUGUCUCAGCCCACUACGAUAAGAAAACAAUCUAUGCUUUUUCAGGAAAAAUAGUUUAAAUCACAAACAACAGAAAUAAUUUUUUUUACGAAUAAUACAGAAAUAAAUAUAGAAUCGGGCAACUCAAAUUAUCUUAAUUUAUACUUGCAAAGCUGCUAAGACUGAGCAUAAUAUUGCCAUUUCACCAAAUUUGUACAUAGUACAGGAAGUAAAACCCAGCAUAAGUGUUUUUAGAGUAAAGAUUGUGGUUGUUGGGGUGAAUGACAUUGUCCUCCUCCUAAAUGCAAUUUUCACUUGAGUUUUGACUUGUUGUGUGCGUGGUCUACAAAAUCCUCGCCAACUUCUCAAUCAAUAAAAAAAAUAAAGCAAUUUUUAAAUCAA